UGUCACGGCCAUGGCCCCAGGCUCGGGUUCCCAUGAACCCCUCGCUGCCCCCGCAGGGAGUGACCCGGCUCCUGCUCACCAGGAUCCCCUUCUUCAAGGAGAUCAUUGUCAGCUCCUUCUCGUGCCCCAGCUGCUCCUGGUCCAACACGGAGAUCCAGGCAGCGGGCAGGAUCCAGGAGCAGGGCGUGCGCUACACCCUGGCUGUCUCCUCCCGCCAGGACAUGAACAGGGAGGUGGUGAAGACCGACUGUGCCUCAGCUCGAAUCCCAGAGCUGGACUUUGAGGUGCCUGCCUUCAGCCAGAAGGGAGUGCUCACCACCAUCGAGGGCAUCAUUGACAGAGCUGUGGCAGGCCUGGAGCAGGACCAGCCCGCCCGCAGGGCAACAGACCCGGAGGUGGCCAGGAAGAUAGACGAGUUCAUUGGGAAACUGAGGCAGCUGAAGGAAGUCAGCUCCCCCUUCACCUUUAUCCUGGACGAUCCCUCUGGGAACAGCUUCGUGGAGAACCCGCGGGCGCCGCACAGGGACGAGGCCCUGCAGGUCACUCACUACAGGAGGAGCCCGCAGCAGUGUGCCCUGCUGGGCCUGCAGGUGCCUGCAGCAGCCCCUGCUCCUUACCUGCCCUUGCAGGUGGAGAAGAACCCCUUCAGCCUGGGGGACAGCUCCACGGCCAGCAGGACAGGGAAGCUGCAGGAGUUCAUUGGGAAGCUGCAGGACAUCAUAGAGGGGAAAGCCCAGGCUCACUUCAUCAUGGAUGACCCUGCAGGCAACAGCUACCUUCAGAACGUGUACGCCCCGGAGGAGGACCCGGAGCUGAGCGUGCAGCGCUACGAGCGCACCUUUGAGCAGAACGAGGAGCUGGGCCUCAACGACAUGAGGACAGAGGGCUAUGAGGCAGAGCCGGCCUCGGGCCGGUAGCAGGGCCAGCCCGGCCCUGCCACCCCCUGCCCCAGCUGGGACCAGGACUUGUGUGGGGCCAGGGAGCUGUUCCUGCCCUGCGGAGCUGUGCCGUGAGCUGCUGUUGGUGGUUUGGGGCACGGGAUGGCUUCCCAAUAAAGCUGAUUGAAAAUGCUGAUGGA